AUUUCAUUUUCUGUUUGUUAAUAUUUUCGUGAUAGUUAUUUUCUGGACAGUCUUUGAGUCGUAAUAACCAGAGAAGAAAAGUUUAAUCAGUUAACAACUUUAAUUUGUGAAUUGAUUGAAUCUUUAAGAAAUUUAUUAGACAACUGCCUCUACCUGACAAUUGUUACCAUGGAUGGUUUAGAGUUUGUAGAUAACUCUACUCCAAUAAUAAUUGCCGAUAUUGGAGGUUAUUCCAUUAAAUAUGGACUGAAAGAUUCACCUGAAUCUCCCCAAGUGAUGCCGAAUUCAGUGUUUAAGGUUAAAAGUGAAAGGAGAAGAUUGUACAUUGGAAAUCAAUUAGAUGAAUGCAAAGAUUAUUCUGGUUUAUUUUACUUAUUACCUUUCAAUAAAGGUUUUCCAAUCAAUUGGGAUGUCCAGCGACAAGUAUUGGACCACGCUUUCUAUAAGAAUUUAAAAAUUGAAGGUUCAAAUAAAGAGAAAGUUUUCCUGUACACUGAACCAUAUUUCAACUUUCGACAGGUUCGGGAGACCAUGUUGGAGGUACUUUAUGAAGAAUAUGGAUUUGGAACAUUGGCCAAAAGUGUACCCGCUUUCCUUUCGAUGGCUAAACAUGUCCAACAAUUAGAUGAUGAUAAAUGUUGUCUUGUAGUUGAUUCGGGUUACUCAUUUACCCACAUUGUCCCAUUUAUUGGAGGUAAAAUUGUCAAAGGAGCAAUUAGGAGGAUUGAUGUUGGUGGGAAAGCUCUCACUAACCAUCUAAAAGAUAUUAUAUCUUAUCGACAACUUCAUGUUUUAGAUGAAACCUUUGUGAUUAAUCAAUGUAAAGAGGAUUGUUGUUAUGUUUCAAAUCAAUUCACUGUUGAUCUUGAGAUUGCCAGAGAAAAACCUUCACCAAUCGCCAGAGAUUAUAUUUUACCUGAUUUCAUGACCAUCAAGAGAGCUCUUGCCAAAAGCUCUAAUCGAAAGGUGAUUCCCUUCCGUUUGGUCUCAACGGUUGCUCUUCAUAAAGGAGGUGAUAAACAACGACAAACAAUAAGAGUUAUUCUUGAAUUGGAUAAACAAUAUCAGUCGAAAUUGUUAGCCGAUCAAUCAUCUUCAUCAUCAGUGUCAUCAUCUUCUUCUACAUCAUCACAAACAGUAACAACAACAACAAUCGGACAGCAACAUUCACAUAACGAUUAAGCCGCCAAAGAAUAAGCAACAAGAAUCAGCCAGCGAUUUCUCAUUAGCUUAUUCUCUGGGUGAUCAUUUGGGUAUUUUUCCAGAAAAUUCACCAACCUUGGUUAAAGGGAUUCGAUCACGUUUGAAUAAGAUUGACUUUACCAUAGUCUAUCAAGUUAUGGUUCGUAAAUCGGGCGAUGAUAAUUCCAGUGGUUCCAAUGAUGAAUAUGCUCCACACGAAAAGUUAUUCAAUCUCAUCUUCCAACAAAUAUUACACUUGGACAUCAUCGAAAUCAUCAUCGUCAUCAUCAUCACUUCCUACCAAAACAACAAUAACAUCGAGUAACAACAUUAAUAACAAUCUAAUCAGCAGCAAUAAUAUUUCAUCAUCUUCUUCUACUGGCACUUUAACUGUACAAAAUUCUGUAUCAACCCAAUGGUCACUCCAUCAUCAGAUAAAGAUAUUAAUGAAAUAUUAAAAUCCAUAUUUAUAAUUUAAUGAAUGAAGAUGCUGAUGCUGAUUUUAAUGUGAGAUAAUUUAAUUAGAAUGGUGUUAAUUGUUGAUUAUCAGUUACU